AAACCUUUAUUGGUUUUUAAUUAUUUUUAUUAUGUCUAUAAAAAGGGAAAGUAUAUAUUUGGACAUGAAAGAAUAAAAAAUUGAAAAAAAAAUUGAAAAACUAACCUAUAGAAUUGGCCUAAGGACACCAAAAUCCCAUGGCCGGCCAUGGAGUUAAAAACUGUCAAUUUCUCUAAUGACCCUUUGCCCCCUUGUUUAGCAACUCAGUGUAAGGAGGAUCUGAGAAAGUAAAUUUCUAUAUCAAUACUGCUAAGUCGAUCCAUCUUUGUUCCUAAUUUUCUCAAUGGGUUCAAGUACUAGAAUACUAUUCUGUUUGACCAUGCUCUCCAACAUUCAUUUCUCUUUGGCUCAAGAUGAAAACCAGUUCAUUUACAAUGGCUUCAAUGGAGCCAAUCUGCAUCUUGAUGGAGUUGCAAAAAUCCACCCCAAUGGUUUGUUGCAGCUUACCAACACUUCAAUAUUACAAAAGGGCUAUGCUUUCUACAAAAUUCCCAUAAGUUUCAACACAUCCUCCUCUGCUUUGAUUCCAUUUCCUUCAUUUUCCACAAACUUUGUGUUUGCAAUAGUUUCCGAGACCCCAGAUAUGGGUGGCAAGGGCCUUGCCUUCGCCAUCUCACCGUCUAUGGACUUCAGCCAAGCUCUUGCAAGUCAGUACAUGGGAUUAUUCAAUAUUUCAAACAACGGCCUUCCUACAAACCAUGUGUUGGCAAUCGAGCUUGACACAGUUAGGAACCCUGAAUUUGAAGAUAUAAAUGACAACCAUGUGGGAAUUGAUGUGAACGGCUUGAAAUCAGUUGAGUCAGCUCCUGCAGCUUACUUUUCUAGUGAAGAAGGGAAGAAUAUAAGCUUGAUGCUCUCAAAUGGCGACCCAAUGCAGCUUUGGAUGGACUAUGAUGCAGCAAAAAAUAUACUCAAUGUAACACUUGCUCCAAUAAGGAGCUUGAAACCAAACCGGCCUCUCUUGUCAACACCAAUUGAUCUUUCACAAGUUCUUCUAGAAAAUAUGUAUGUUGGUUUCUCUUCAGCUACAGGGCCAACUGCAAGUGAGCAUUAUGUGCUUGGAUGGAGCUUCAACAGGACCGGACCAGCACAGAAUCUUGAAACAUCAAAGCUUCCUCAGCUUCCUCCAAAGAGAAAGAGUAGCCAGAAGCGUAGUAUAAAUAUAGUAUUACCUAUAGCAGCAACUGUUGUUUUGGUCAUAUUUAUUGGAGCUGUUUACUUUAUAAGGAAGAAAAAAUAUGAAGAAGUACGAGAAGAUUGGGAAACAGAAUAUGGUCCUCAAAGGUUCUCCUAUAAGAAUCUCUAUAUAGCAACAAAAGAUUUUAAAGAAACGGAGCUUCUUGGAGCAGGAGGUUUUGGAAAGGUUUAUAGAGGAACACUUCCUAAUUCCAACUUACAGAUAGCCGUGAAGAGAGUUUCCCAUGAUUCAAAACAAGGUAUGAAAGAGUUUAUUGCUGAGAUAGCCAGCAUGAGAAGGCUUAGUCAUAGAAACUUGGUGCAGCUCCUUGGGUAUUGCCGGCGAAAGGGUGAACUACUCUUGGUCUACGAUUAUAUGCCCAAUGGAAGUCUUGACAAGUUCUUGUUCAGCAGAAUAAAACAAAGCCUCAGUUGGUUCCACAGAUUUAGAGUUCUCAAAGGCGUAGCAUCUGCACUUCUCUACCUCCAUGAAGAGGGGGAACAGGUUGUCUUGCAUAGAGAUAUAAAAUCUAGCAAUGUUCUACUAGAUGCUGAUUUUAAUGGAAGGCUUGGAGAUUUUGGGCUUGCUAGAUUAUAUGACCAUGGUACCAACCCUCAAACCACUCAUGUGGUUGGGACUGUGGGUUAUUUGGCUCCUGAACUUUCUAGGAAUGGAAAGGCAACUAUUGGCACUGAUGUGUUUGCUUUUGGUGUUUUUAUGCUUGAAGUAGCUUGUGGAAGGAGGCCUACAGACCUACAAGGUCUACCUGAAGAACAAAGUUUGGCGGAUUGGGUGCGUAGUUGCAUGAAGAGAGGAGCAAUCCUUGAUAUAAUUGAUCCUAAGUUGGAAGGUAAAUACUUGAUAGAAGAGAUGGAAUUGGUUUUGAAAGUUGGCCUGCUUUGUUCGCAUCCUUUUCCGGCAAUGAGGCCCAACAUGAGGCAAGUGAUGCAGUACUUGGAUGGAAACGCUAAUUUGCCAGAAACUGAUAGUAGCAUAUCUACAAGUUCAUUUACUCCAAGUAAUGAAGCAUCUGAACCAGUUUUUUCAUUUUCCUCUUCAUACGGAAAGCGUUCUGCUCAUUCCGUGUCAAGCAAUGAAUCAAUUCUCCACAAAGGGCGUUGAAUUGUAAAAUCAACCCGUGAAACUCAAGGAACUUAUCAAUUUCCAGAGGGAGGAGAGAUGGGAGAAUCUUGUGAAGAGCACAAUACAUAUAGUAAUAUUGAAUAUAAUCUAUGUAUGUAAGUAACUAGGCAUAUGUGUAUUCUUUUAUUUGCAUAUGCUCAUUCAUACUAA